UGAAGUUACUCCAAUAAGGGCAAGGUUAACCAAGUAGCCAUCAUAAGAAUUUUACCGAAAUUUUAUCCCUUGACAGCCAAAUCUUUCUGUCGAACAAAUUGAAGUGGAAAAAAAUCUGUUUUUAAGUAAAGUUGAACAAAUUUCUGAAAUCGGUGGUCUUUGGCGGCAGAUUAAAGAAACAUCUGUCAUCGGUAAAGUUUGACCCGUAAUUAGACAAAGCUUCUGGGCUGAAAUCUUCCUCGAAACGGUCGGAUUGUUAGAUUCGAAGAAAUCAGUAAUUUUUGUCUCGGAUUUUGAAUACUCACAAAUUUGUAGUUAAUCAACCGACGAUAGACGAUAAAUGUGCAGGGUUUGAUCUAUUCCUCAUUGAAUUAGAGAAUCAUUAGUUCUUGCACGAAUUUUGGCAUUUUGACAUAUUUUUGGGUAAAUUUCGAGCUGAUACCUGACAUUAUCCUCUUCUGUCGAAUUGGUUGUAUUGAAAUCCAGUAAUUUUAAGUCGAUAACAUUGUAGUCUGCCGUUGGAGAAAAAAUCAUUUGAUUAGGUUGUAAAAGCCCGCAGUUCAUACUCUUAUGCAGGGGCAUCCACAACAAAUUAAUUCUUUGGCGGCCGGUAUGCCGAACUCUGAGAGAACUGCGAACGCCAGCGGUCAAUUAAAUACUAAUCCUGUUGCUAGGAAUUUGCGAAAUGAGAGAUCGAAUAGAGCUCGCAGGAGAAGAGCAGCAACAGGGCAAAGAAGAAUUGAUCAACAAAGGUGGGGCCAAUACAUUACUGAUGAAGAGGACGACUCUGCUUCUGCACUGCCAACAGUACCAAGAUCUAGCAACAGGAGACGAACUCGCGUAAAUCAUCAAAAUAAUUAUGCACAUCAUUUACAGGAGGAUGACUAUUAUGAAGAUGAACAUGCCUUCCAUGCAACGAGACAGAGAGAUGGAAUCUAUGGUGAUUUUGAAUUUGAAAUGGCAUUAUCUCUUUCAUUGUCAUUCGAGGAUUCUACUCCAAACUCAGGAAACCCUGAUUACAGCAAUCAGAGCAUUGCUAACAUGUCAUAUGAGGUCCUCGUUCAGCUAGAAAAUGUCAAAUGUGUAGCUUCUGUCAAUGUUGUACGAUCGAUGUUAGAUAUCACAUUUAAGGGAAAGAAGUCUGCACAAGGAUUUAUAAAUGAAGAAGAGAAGUGUGCAAUAUGCCAGUGCGAAUAUGAACAGGAUGAGCACAUUAUAUCUUUGCCAUGUACCCACUGUUUUCAUCACUCUUGUGGGUCAGAGUGGCUAUUGGAUUACUCUAAACUUUGUCCUAUUUGCAAGCUUGACGUUACUGACCGGAACUCCGUGAAUGUGUAAAUCAUUUUGGUUCGUUGGUUCCUGCACUAGAUAUGCUAAAGAAACAGAACACAGUACAGCUCGAUCCUGUAAAUAAUUUUAUUUUUUUUGUAUUGAUCCAGUCCUGUAAAUAAUUUGGUGUCUCUUAUUUGUAAAUAAUUUGAAAUAAAUCGUCUUGUAACAUUUGAUUCUGAAAAACUAACAUUGUAUUUAUCAAAAUCCCUACAACCUAAUCCAGACCUUGCAACAGAUAGCAAGGUAAUUUACCGGGAACAAACCAUGCACGGGACAUGUAAGGGCCCAAAGCAAGCUAGAGGCAUUACCUGCACGAUGUUGGCCUCACAUCCAAAACAGUAUUUUUCUUCUCUCGAAUAAUUUAGUUCAAGAGCAUGGGAAACUAGCAAUCUCAAAUCCCUUGUUGGUUUUCCAUAAUCUUAUGGAAAUUUGUGUAAUCAUAUUAAACUAAAAAAAUGUGCUAUUUGUUAUCUGGAUCUGAUACUGAGGAAUCAUUGUAAUAAUUUUAUUGUCAAUUAACUGAUCCAGUGGAGUUUACGUUGCU